AUGCGAGGCACUGUGCCACUGGGAGUUAUGAAGACAACGUUGACAGUUUUGGAAACUAUCACAACUAUAUCUGUGUUAAUCGUGAGCUCAUUUUUACUUGUUAUUCUACUCGUUGGACGACGUCGUUUCACGGUACCGUUCUUCAGAAUCCUCACUGUCCUUGUCGCAGUCAUAUGGACUCGAUCUAUUUUGAGCGUUCUUCUCAAGCUGAUUACCCUCUGGUCAGGAGCGCUGAUUGCUUACCAAGGUGUUAUCACGUUAACGGCUGAUAUGUUGUUCAAGAAAGUAAUAAUUCUACUAAUUUUUCUUCUGGCUCUAAAUCGUUUUGCUGUAAUUUUAUAUGCCACAUUGGACAAGUUACUAUUCGCUCGAUAUCGUUACAUUGUCCUGUGCUUUACUUGCUUUGCCGUCUCAGCAGCGGAAACAUACGCCGUAAUAACGACAUCGAAGUUGCGGAGAGAGUUUGUGCCUGAUAUCGGAUUUAUAGACUACAUUGAUUCGCCAACACCGUAUGAAAUUGGCUGUGCAAUUUCACUAGCGAUCGCUUUUGCUUCCGUGUGUUUACACUUGGUGAUUAUUGUUUAUCUGUUAUACCAUCGCCGUCAAUCCUCAGUGAACACUGCUAAGAUGUUCACUUUGAUAUUCAUUCUUCUCUACCGCAUACCCUAUUCCAAUGAGUCACGGAUCACUAUCAUCAGCAUUUACAACAUACUAUGCUUCAUUCCUGAUAUUCUUAUACCACUUUUCAUACUAAUCGGGUCUCGUGAAAUACAUGCAGAGAUCUCAACAAGACUUUCCAAUGUUAAAAAAGUGAAAUUACCUCGUGGAACCGUUACGCAGCCUUAA